AUGGAUUUUACAACAAUGACUAUGGCAAGCAAUAUGGCUACUAGUACUACUACGACGGCUACAUCGGCACAUGCAUCUAUAAAUUCGUCAUCAAACUUUAAUAUUGAUAUUGAUUCGAACCAGAAUACUCCUUCCAUUUUGAUAAAUAACAAUUCGGAUUCUUCUAAUGGAAAAAACACAGAUUUUAACGGCGUCAAUAAUAUUCACCAAAAAAAUAUCAUGAAUAAUACAAAUAAUGUUCAUUUGUACUCUCCAAAUAUAAUGGACCAAACGCUACUAACUCCACAGGACAUUGCCAAGUUACGGAGAGAAUCAAUAGCCCAUUCUCAAGGGAUGGGUGGUGUUUCAUGGGGAUCCAUUAGUGUUGGUUCUUGGUUAAGAGAUGAAAUUAUUAGCCGUAGAAAUAGUAUUGUACCUGCAUCAGCAAACGGUGCUGCCUCCGCUGCCGCUUCUGCAACCACUACUGCCACUAAUACUUUGCAGAUUCAACAACCAACUAAGAGACCCUCUGUUAGUAAUCCGCCUUACCAUAGAGGGUAUUCUAUUUCUCCUCAGAUAGCCUACACUGCUUAUCUGCCAAAUCUAGAAAAGCAAUAUUGUAAAGAUUAUUCAUGCUGUGGUCUUUCCUUACCAGGUUUGCAUGAUUUGCUGAGACAUUACGAAGAAGCUCAUAUAUCCACGUCUCCUAACACUACCAAUAUGUCACAAAUACCGAUGAACUCUGCUGGUAACACUAGUUCAUCAGUUCGUAUGACAAAUAAUACCUCUUCUGCCAACUAUAACCUGCAGAAUAACAUGGCCGCUAAUACAAAAAAUGCAGGUCAUAAGACUAAUACUAUGCAGGCUCAUAGCAGCAAUGCAACUAAUAACACCUCCAUUAAUAAUAUGCAUGCCAAUCUUCAGAGCAACAUGGAUUCCAACUCCACAAUACGACAAUCUCAGCAUCCUCACCAUCAGCAGAAUAUAAUACAACAACAGUUGCAAUCGAAUUCUGUAAAUCAUACAUCAGGGGCUGUACCCACACCGAGUGUAAUGGGUUCAGCAACUGCGUCGUCCACAACUGCAAAUCCAAAUGUGAUAUCUAUAACGGGUGCCCCCAACUCGGGCUUAUCUAUGGCUAAUCACUCUCAACAACUACAUCUGAAUGGUAAUCUAGUCGAUGCCGUUUCAACGAAUGAUGUGUUUUUAAGAACGAGCAAUUCUCCAUCAAGACACGUUCCGCACAAUAAACAAAUUAACAGUAACAAUAAUAGUGGUAUCAAUAUCAAUAAUAAUACCUCACACAAUUCUAAUAUUAACAUGGGUAGUAAAAACGCCAUGGUGAAUCGUCCACAUACUUUUAAUAACUAUUCCUUGAACAAAACGUCCAGGAAUCCUAUUCAACAUCAAUCAAGAAAAAUUGAUCCUCAUCAAACCGAUUUAUCACCUCUGGUACUUGUCCAAGAUAUAGAUUUAAGUUUUAUGGAUGAUGAUAUUUUGGGCCCUAGUAACCACAAUUCCAUGAACUCUGUCGUAAAUCCAACUACAGGUUCUCACAACUACAAUACUUUUCAUUCUUCCGUACACGCAAAAUCUUCUCAAAACAUGGUCGAGGAUCAAGACAUUGAUGACAUUGAUGAUGACGAUGAUGUUGAUGAUGACGAUGACGAUGACGAUGACGAUGACACAGAAAAUGGCUCCAGUUCCAAUGGAAAAUCAGUUCAUAACAACAAUUACAAGAUGCCUCAGCAAGCUUAUAUAGACGAUCCUGCGAGAAGGCUCUAUGUAAUGGAUCAUGAGGAACAAAAACCCUUUAAGUGUCCAGUUAUUGGUUGUGAAAAGACUUAUAAAAACCAAAACGGUUUGAAGUACCAUAGGUUGCACGGACAUCAGAAUCAAAAAUUACAUGAAAACCCUGACGGUACAUUUAGCGUAAUAGAUCCAGAUUCGACAGAUUCUUUUGGUGAUGGAAUGGGCUCUGCAAAGGAUAAACCAUACCGUUGUGAAGUUUGUGGUAAGAGAUAUAAGAACUUGAACGGUUUAAAAUAUCACAGGGGCCACUCCACUCACUAA